AUGCCCGCCGCGAGCGCUGUGCGCCCGGCCGCGCUGGCAGAGCCGGCGCAGGAGCUCCCGAGCCACUCCGGGCCGCUGCCCCUGGCGGCGCAGGCCGAGCCGCCCGGGCGCGGCGGCGCCUUCGACGACCUGCUGGGCCAGCUGGCCGCGCUGCACCGGCAGGAGGUGCAGGCCGUGCUGCGUGAGCUCCAGGCGAGCGCCGCGCUGGUCCAGCGGUUGCGGUCCGGCCAUGGAGAGGACGCGUCCGUGCUGUUGCCGUGCUGCGUGCCCUCGGAGGAGCCGGCGCCCGAAUCGCUCCAGGAGGGCUUCGGGAAGUUCGUGCUGUCGGACGCCUGGAGGGGCCCAGGCGAAGAAGAAGAGGCGGUGCUCUUGAGCAGGACGAUGAGCAGCUUGACCAUGAGCAUGGACCGCGCUUCCCUGUCGCUUAUCGGCCUCCCCAGCGUGCCGAACGGCCUCGGCUCGGUCUCGGAGACGGCUCGCGACAACCACAAGCGGUGCGCGUGGGGAUCAUUUGUGCCGGCCUCCCCAGGGAGCCCAGCGAGGAUGGUUUGGGAUUUCUUGGGGGCGGUGCUGAUCUUCUACGACUUGCUGAAGCUUCCAAUGGAGACCUUCCAUCCGCCCGAGACUGCCUUCAGUAUAGGCAUGGACUGGUGCAUCCUCUGCUUCUGGACCCUUAACGUCUUCGCUUCACUUACUAUCGGCUAUGUUGAUCGGAGGGGCGUGGUCGUGCUGUCGAUGCGAAGGAUUGCGCUACGGUAUAUCAGGACCUGGUUAGCAAUCGACUUACUGGUGCUGGUGCCCGACUGGACUUCCACCAUAGUGGCAGCAGUAGUCACUCGGAACAAUGCUGGUGAGGACAGCGACAUGUUCCGGCUGCUCAGAGUGUUGCGUCUUGUGCGGAUGGUGCGAUUGUUGAGGUUGCUCAAGCUCCGGAAAAUACUCAUGACGAUCAAUGAUAUGAUCGAUUCAGAGAGUGUCAGCGUCAUUGCAAACAUAGUGAAGAUGAUGUUCAUGCUGUUGGUGGUCAACCAUAUAACUUGUUGCAUGUGGUACGCCGUGUCCGUAAACCAGUCGGGUGAGCAAACUUGGAUCAAAGUUCACAAGUUCGAGCAUGCCCAUUGGACGUACAAGUACGCUACUGCUUUCCAUUGGUCAAUCCACAUGCUGUUGAACCUCGCGGAGCGCGUCUUCACCGUGGUGGUGGUGGUCCUCGCUUUGGUGGGCUUCUCCUACAUCGUCGGCAGCAUCACGGGCUCCCUGGGGCAGUUGCGCAAUAUGAACGCAGAGGAGUCGAUGCUGUUUUGGGACCUGAAGCGGUAUCUGGCCAGGAACAAGGUGCCGCGGCCCCUAUCCAUGCGCAUCCAGAAGUACCUGGAGAACGCCUGGCAAGCGCAGUCGAAGAAGUCAGGACAGAACUUCAAGCUCAAGAACAUGUUAUCCGAACAACUCCUGUCCGAGCUCAAGUUCGAGAUGGCCGUGCCGCAGUUGCGCAUCCACCCGCUGCUGGACAGACUGAUCGAUAAGUCCAAGGUCACCGCGAACCGGUUGGCCAACGUGGCUAUGGGUCACAAGCUCCUCGCUGCAGGCGACUACCUGUUCCAUCACGGAGAGGCUGCGACCCACAUGUUCAUCGUGGUUGAUGGCAAGCUCAUCUACGCCAGGUUGGACAGUUACGGCGGCGUGCACAAGGAGUUGGUGGAAAAGGCCGAGGAUUGGAUCGCUGAGCCAGUUCUCUGGACGCGGCGUUGGGUGCACUGCGGCCUGUUGAAGGCCAUCGAGGACUGCGACAACCUGGCCAUCGACUCAAAGAAGUUCGCGGAGCAAGUGAAGCUGAACCCGGAGGCGCUCGAGUUCGUCUCAGAAUAUGCGCAGAAUUUUAUCGAGUGGCUCAACAACGAGGAUCCGAACGAUUUAUCAGACAUCUCCCAGGGAGAGAACUUGAGCGAGCUGCUCGCCGGCUUCAUACCCAGCAUGGAGAGCGUCGAGUGCGACAACCCGAGCGGCGAGAACGUCAGAGCGCGCUUCUUCUUCGCCCUCGCCAAGACGGACAUGCUGCGCUAG